GUGUGACCUUUGAGGACAUUGCCGUGUACUUCUCCUGGAAGGAGUGGAGGCUUCUUGAUGAGGCUCAGAGACAGCUGUACCACCAUGUGAUGCUGGAGAACUUUACACUUAUAUCCUCACUGGACGUGUGGCGCCUUCUAGAAGGUCUCUGAGGUGGUAAGUACCUUUAGCUUUUCCUGACGUGUGAGGAGACCUAUGCUCUGGACCUCCGGGGUGGACGACGCCCCUCCUGAGACCGCCAGAGCUCCGGGAGCCGCCCCACCCGGAAGAGCCCGGCCCGCGGACGCGGCGAGCAGCCAAUGAGGGAACAGCACACGGCGUUUCCAGGCGAGCGCAAGCCCCGGGGGCGGGACUUCCGGUCUCAUCCGCCAGGAGGUCUCUCUGCCUCAGGUUGGGUCUGUUUGUCCCGUAAGCUGCCGGAGCGCGCGUCAGGCUCCGGUGACCGGCCGUGAAGACGCGAGGGGAGGCGCUGUCCUCGCCGCACGCGGUCGAGUCCGGGUGUCCGCCCACCUCCGGCCUCGCUCGGCCCAGCGAGUCCGAUGGCGGCGGCCGCGCGCAGGGGCCCGGCUCCGGUAAGCGUCGUCCCCGCACCCAGACCCCCGCGGCCCAGGCCCCGGCGUCCGGGACAGGCGGGCGGCGGCGGGCGGGGGCCCCGUGCGGGAGCGGGCUCCGGGCCGAGGGCGGCCGGGGCCGAGGCGGGAGGGGGCCGCGCCAGCGGCGGGCAACAGCAGCUCGCCGUCCUUCCUGUCGGGAGCGCAGUGCCGCGCGGCCGUGAGGCCCGUCCCCUCGCUGCCCGAGAAGCCCGUCUCUCCUGGCGGGCGUGAGGUGGGCUCGGCCGGGUGUGAAUAGGCGUUCUCCGGCCGCCAGAGGGGAGAGCCCGCCGCGGGGCUAAGCGAGGAGGCAAUGGCAGGAGUCGGUGGCACUGUCCGCGGACUGCUGCUCGGCCCGCCUCGGAUGUCGGAGGACUGGUGGACUCCUGGGGUACGUUCUGAGAAGGGCUACGGCAAAGGGUGGGUGUUGCAGGUGAGGAGAGAAGGGGGAGCGAGGGAGGCCCCGGGGCUUCGGGUCCGUGACCCUAAGAACGAAGCAAGAGCGGACAGUUAUUUUACCCGCACGAACGGGUUUCUGUGGAGACGGAAGAGAAGUGCAGUUUGGAACGGAGAAGCGGAGUCCAAGCAGUAGGUCGGCGCGGAGGGCAAGAGGGGUGGUCUUUUUUCAGGGGAAAGGGGUGAAGUCGGGAAGGUGUUGUAAACGUAAGUCCCCUGGAGGCAACGGGAAGUGCUGGUACAGUGGCUUCUCAUUGGCUGAGCCGUUGGGUGGGGCGCUCAGGACAGACUGUCUUUUUGGGUCUGUGCUUGUGAAGAAGUAUCCCCAUAUAAGGUCAAGUCCGUCUCUGUGGGUUGCGUCUGCAGUUGAUCACUGGCAGUGCCUGAGAGCUCCCUGUGCCUCAACCUCCCGACUCCAUUUCCGUGAGGUUUCCCAUCACUGAUUUUCACAGGUCCUGGCAGCUGAAGGGACGGAAGCGCCCAUCAGCCUGAUGGAAGUUAGCAGUCGGUUGCGUAUCCUUGGGGAUGUCCUACCUUGUUUUGACAUUGUUAAGCGACUUAGAUGUUCGGAGAAGUGUGAGUGAUGGUGCCAAGUGGGCAGCUGGACAAGAUGUUUUGGGAAACUGGGGGAAGGUUUCAGGAUGGAGGGUUUGAAAAGUGAUGGCUGCUGUGUGGCCCGGGUGGAGAUCUGGAUCACAACUAGGAAGGGAAUGCAGAGUAUCAUGGUAAUACUGCUAGUAGGUCAGAGGGUCCUAGUAAAGUCUGCUGAAGAGUGGUUUUCUUCCUCAGCAUGUGCUUGGGGUUGCUGGGCAUUGUGAACACAGGUGAAGGAGAGAGAAUGAUCUGGCAGAAACAUGGGCAAGCCUUCCCUGGGAUGAUGGGACAAGAGGUAGCUGAGGACAACUAGGAGUUUUGUGGGGUUUGUUUUGUUUUUUAAUUUCUUUGUUUAAGUAGGCUCCAUUCCCAGUGUGGAGCCCAGCAUGAGUCUUGAACGCAUGACUCUGAGAUCAAGACCUGUGCUGAGAUCAAGAGUCAGAUGCUGAACCCAGGUGGUGUGACCUUUGAGGACAUUGCCGUGUACUUCUCCUGGAAGGAGUGGAAGCUUCUUGAUGAGACUCAGAGACGGCUCUACCACCAUGUGAUGCUGGAGAACUUUACACUUAUAUCCUCACUGGGUUGUUGCUGUGGAGCAGAGGAUGAGGAGGCACCCUUUGCCCAGAGCACUUCUGUAGGCGUGUCACAGACCAGGACGCCCAAGGCAGCUCAGUCUUCCCGGAAGACCCACCCCUGUGAGAUGUGUGGUCCAGUCUUGAGAGGCAUUUUCCACUUGGCUGCGCACCAGGGAAAAGAAAACAGCCAGAGACUGUUGAGGUGUGGGGCCUGUGGGAAACGAUUUUAUUUCAUUACUGACUUCAGAAAACAUGAGAAACAGCACAUGGGAGAGAAACCCUUCAGAAGCCGUGUGGACAGGGCCUCUGUUGUGAAGAGCUGGGGAUUCCAUGGUGCAGGAAAGCCCCUUACCUGUGGAGAAGUUCAGAAGGACUUCCUGUCUGGCUCGGGGCAUCUGCAGCAAGAGGCCACUCGUACUGGGGAGAAGCCACACACGAUCACCCAGUGCAGGGCAACUUUACAAAGCAGAAAAAGUCAUGACACCUGGGGAGAAUGCAAGAACGCCUUUGGUCCCAAACACACACAUAGUCAGGACCAGGGUGUCCACUUUGGAAGACAGUCCUUUGUGUGCAGUGAAUGCGGGAAAGCAUUCAGGUACAAAUCUUUAUUUGCCAUACACCAGAGAUACCAUACUGGAAAAACAUACGAGUUUGGUCAAUGUGGAAAAUCCCUUAGGCAGACACCAACCCUGAAUGAACAUGGAAAGACUCACAGUGCAUCCAGACAGUACACGUGCAGCAAAUGUGGGAAAUCCUUAGGCCGUAAAUCUGUCCUCAUUGAGCCCCAGGGAUGGCACAGUGAGGUGAAGAGUUAUGUUUGCAGUGGUUGUGCAAAAGCUGUGAGCUGUAGCUCAGUGUUGAUUACUCAUAGGGUUGAGUCUGGAGAAGGGUUUUAUAAGUGUCGUGGCUGUGCAAAAUCUUUUCCCUCUAUGUCUGCCCUCUCAUAUCAUCAGAGAUCUCAUGCAGGGAAAAGACGGUAUGAGUGCAGUGAUUGUGGGAAAUCUUUUACCAGUAGUUCUGCCCUCCGUUCUCACCAGAUAGUUCACACUGGUCAAAAGCCUUAUAAAUGCAGUGCAUGUGGGAAAUCCUUUGUUCGUAAUUCUUCCCUACGUUAUCACCAGGCAAUUCAUAGUGGAGAAAGGCCGUUUGAGUGUAACGAAUGUGGCAAGUCUUUUAUGAGUAGUAAUGGCCUCCGUUAUCACCAUAAUGUUCACAACGGAGUGAAGCCUUAUAAGUGCCAUGAAUGUGGCAAAUCUUUUAUGAGUAGUUCUUGCCUUCGUUGUCAUCAGACCACUCACACUGGAGAAAAGCCUUAUAAGUGUGACGAGUGUGGGAAAUCCCUUGCUAGUAGUUAUUCCCUUCGUUCCCACCAGAGACUUCAUACUGGAGAAAGGCCUUAUGUGUGUAUUGAAUGUGGGAAAUCCUUUCUCCAUAAAGUUACCCUUAGUAAACACAUAAAGCUUCACUCAGGUGAACGGCCUUAUGAGUGUAAUGAAUGUGGGAAAUCUUUUACUACUAGAUAUACCCUCCGUUAUCACCAGCGAAUUCAUACUGGACAAAAGCCUUAUCAGUGCACUGAAUGUGGGAAAUCUUGUACUACUAGUUCUGACCUCCGUAGUCACCAGAGAGUUCACACUGGAGAAAGGCCUUAUGAGUGCAGUGAAUGUGGGAAAUCUUUUACUCGUAAUUCUGCCUUCCGUUAUCACCAGAGACUUCACACUGGAGAAAGGCCUUAUGAGUGCUGUGAAUGUGGGAAAUCUUAUACUAGUAGUGCUGCCCUCCGUUCACACCAGAGUGUUCACACUGGACAAAAGCCUUAUGAAUGCUGUGAAUGUGGGAAAACUUUUACCACUAGUUCUGCCCUCCGUUAUCACCAGAGAUUUCACACUGGACAAAAGCCUUAUAAGUGCAGUGAAUGUGGCAAAUCUUUUACCACUAGUAAACAGCUCCGUGUUCACCAGGUAGUUCACAGUGGAGAGAGGCCUUAUGAAUGCCCUGAAUGUAGCAAAUCCUUUUCACGAAAACAUACACUCAAUACACACAAAAAGCUUCACUCAGGUGAACGACCUUAUGAGUGUAAUGAAUGUGGGAAAUCAUUUACUGUUAGUUCUACCCUCCGUUUGCACCAGAGAGUUCAUACUGGAGAAAGACCUUAUGUGUGUAAUGAAUGUGGGAAGUCUUUUACUGGUAGUUCUGCCCUCCGUUCGCACCAGAGUGUUCACACUGGAGAAAGGCCUUAUGAGUGCCGUGAAUGUGGGAAAUCUUUUAUCAGUCAUAAUGGUUUUAGAUACCAUUGCAGUCUUCACACUGCAGGAAAGAUUUAAAAUAGUACAGAAGGUGAUACUUCCUUGCUUAGUAUAGUUUAGGCUGGAGGACAACCUCUGAGGCAGCCACCUACCUGACUCGAACGUGGUUCACCUGAAUGUCCACUGUGGAGUGACUUCCCAUAAGUUCCAGCUAUUUUCAGAAAAACUCAGAACCUGCAUUGUGCUCUCUGGUGUGCAUGCAGUCAUUGCAAGAUGGAAGCCCCUGUCAGUAUCUGGCAGAUGUCCUUUCACCUCUGCCACCUGGCGGUUCCCAAUAGUGUGCAUAAGUCACCACCCCAACAUGGUUAAUGAUGCCAACCUGUCUGCUUUCUCAUUUGCGCAUCUGAAUUAUGGGUAAUUGGAACUCCUCAUUUCGUUCUAAGUUAGGGCAUGGAUGUGACCCAGUGUUGGUCCACAGUGGGUGAUCUGAGUUCUGGGUGGUGACUUGCACAGGAAGACUAAAUCCCAUGGGGAUGUUGUUGGUCUCGUGAUGCUUUGAUGACUGUUUGCAACUCCCAGGUCACCACACAGGAAUUGUGUGCCACGUGUUGCUCUGGUUGAUGCAUUAGUAAACGCCAUCUUGGUUUAGUUACCUUUAAUCUUGUACAUUGUGUGCAUUCUAGGGGGUGGUUUGAAAGCAGGAUUGGGCUCUCCCAACAUGAGGGAACGAGUAGAUUGCGCAUCCCAGACUUGCUGUGUCUGAGAGGAUAAUUGCAAAUAAAUAAAAAAUACGGAUAUACAUAUAUACAUAAAUAAUCCAGCUUCUGUGUUAAUUUGCAGUAUAACCCAAUACCUUUGUGAUGGGCUGAAUUGUACCCCAAAUCCAUAUUUUGAAGUUUUAACCCCCAGUCCCUCACAAUGUUACAGUAGUUAGGUAUAGCAUCUUUAAAGCGAUCAUGAAGUUGAAAUGCGUUAUUAGGAUGGACUCAUGUAGAAUGGCUGGCACCGUGAUAGGGAGAUGAGGAUACAGGCACACACAGAUGACCAUGUAAAGACAGGGAAUCCCCAUCUACAAGCCAAGGAGAGAGGCCUCAGAAGAAACUAACCCUGCUGACACUUUAUGUUUGAUGUUGAGACUCCUCAAGUUUGGGGGGAAAUAAAUUUGUUGUCUAA